AUGUCAUUUGAUAACAAUCUGGAAGGAUUUAACACCUGUCAAACUAUGUGGUAUACCUUCUGGAAUCCGGACACCGAAUCCUUCACUUGCCAAACGCCCUGCCAUGAAUCCAGAGGUAACUACUUCAGUUGCUACUCCCAGGGCGUGGCUUUACAUGCAAUUGCAGAUUCAGUUAGUGUAUAUAAGGACUUGACCCUGCCUAUUGUAGAGCCAGCGGUGAAAGCCACGCUUAAGUUCAGAAAUCCAAAAUAUGGGGCUUAUUCUGUCAGUUCGCAUGGUAAGGAGAAUUCGGGUGAUGACGAUAUCAACUAUGACGACAAUGCGCAUCUGUUGAGAGCAUUCAUUGAGCUCUACGAGGCAACCGGCAAUAAGAAGUACCUACAAAUGAGCAAAGAAAUUCAAAGGUUUAUGCUUGGUGGAAUCAAGGAACAUGAAACAUGGAAAGUUAAAGGCUGUAUGUGGCAUGUCUCUAGAAAAUAUAUGGCUACUAUUUCCAAUUCAGUUGGUGCUACAGGUGCCAUGAAAAUGAUUAAGUAUGCCGAGAGUAAAGAGGAGGAGCAGCAGUUGUACCAAUUUGCCAAAACAUGUCUAAAUUUUAUUUUUGAAUUGAUGCUCGAUAAGAGUGAUGAUGUGAUCAUGGACGGUGUGGGCAUUGAUAGCACUACCAUCGAUAAAAGUAAGUAUAGCUACAACCAAGGCUCUACGUUAAGUGCCUUGUGUUUGAUGUACACGUAUGAUAAGAAUCCUUACUGGAAAGAGAUGGCUGAUAGGGUUGUUGACGGUUGCAUCAACCCGCACAAAACGUUGUUUGAUAGAGAUUACAAAGAUAUGAACAAAAGGUUCUUACACGGUGUAAGUUAUUUUAACCAGUUAUUAAUUGAAGGUGUGGUUGAUUAUGCACUCACGUUUCAAAAAGAAGCAAAGCCUGAGGUUCUCGAACAAUGUAAGUUCCAGAUCGCUCGACACUUGAGCUAUUUCAGAAAGUACUGCUAUGAUCCAAAAGAUAAACUAUACUUUAUGAAUUUCGACAUCUACAAAAUUGAUCAUGAUACUUACAAAAUGUAUAAAGAAAUAUUUGGAGGAGAUAAACCAUAUAAUCCUGAUCCAAGAGAGAGGGCUAAAAAUAUGGAUGAUACUCCAGUGGACCAAAGGCCAGCCGUUAAAACUUUGAUAGGUGCUGCUGCUGCUGCUCACAUAUUUUUCCAAGGUGGAAGACUUCUUCCGAAGAUGGAUCCAGUUGAAGUUUAA